AUGCGUCAGAAACGGAUUUGCGAGAAUUUCAAUCUCUCAUGCAAACAUACUAAGAGUUUCCUUCAUCUGCCUCCUUCUGUACGGUGUCAGGUAUAUGAAAAAGCUGGCCUCAUAGUUAGAGGUGACAUUGUUCUCUGCCGAAGACCCCCAAAGAUAUUGUCUGAGGGGCACACCACAGAAGAUGAGGCGUACCACUUCAUCUAUAAUAUCCUCCAGACCUGCCAAACUAUCCAUGACGAAGUCAAGUUCAUCCUCUGUACAGAGAAUCGCAUCAUAGUAGACCGUGAAGCUAUUGACUAUGGCCUCUACUACCUCAGCCGAUUAUCUCCUCGAAUAUGUUCUAAGCUGCGGAACUUAUAUGUUCACUUAUAUAUCUAUGAUUCAUCGAGCACGCAUCUUAAUCUCACGUCCCCGUUUACCCUUAAGCGAGGCUGCAUCAGCGCAUGGCAGACAGCCGCGACUCAUCUACUAACCUAUACCAAACCAGAGACUCUAGAUCUACACCUCAUUUGCGAUACAGGUAGCGACAAGAAAACACGAGUCGUCUUACAGCCGCUCAAUAAUAAUUUAAGUAUCCUUGCAGACUGUCAUAUUCGUCUCCAUCCAUUAAGGGAUAGUUCGCUAUAUACGGCAGCCCAAGAAACAGCAUUACGAGCAAAAGGGCUAGAUCCCGAUUUACGAAAGAAGCCAUCCCAAUUCAUGAAACUUCCGCCAGAACUUCGCCUUAGGGUUCUCAAGCAUACUGAUCUUACUGGAUUUCACGUGAUACGCUUUGGGAUCGGGUCGUAUUGCUGUAAUGAUGAAAACUACUUAACAACAUCGAACUUUCAUGCGUGGCAGUUCUGGGCCUGCGAUCCCUCUUACCUCGACGCUACCGACUCUUUUUGCUCCGCCCGUCAUAGUAGCUAUUCGUCUAGUUGCCAAUGUUGGAUUCCGCCAAAAGCCCUGAUGCUAACUCUCUAUUCCUACAACCGCGUUAUUAUCAUGUCGGACCCGAACAUUUUCUAUUCCAAUAUCGGAUCCCAAGACUUCAGAAGGAGGUUGGAUGUCUCGAGAUUCUUCACCAGGCGCAUGCAGCCUGGAAUACUCUCACAUCUGCGUAGUGUCGAGCUCGUAUUUCCUGGGUUUAGCGCUGGCGACUUCUACCCAAAGCCAACUGACCCGAUAUGUGCUGAUUGGCACUUUGCGAUAGACAAUCUGCGAGCUCAUGCUAACUUAAAUGCCAUGACGCUCAUCGUACAUAUGAGACUGUGGUUUGGUCCUACCGAUUCGCACGUCCGAGUUGUGGAUAACCGCAACCCGUUCGCUCAUUAUCUGUUAAGGUGUCACGGAGAACCGGCCUUAGCAUUGAAAGUACACAAAGCUUUCCUGAAGCCAUUGAAAGCAUUACGUGACGGGGGUCUACAACGGUUGUUCGUCUUCCUUGAGUGGGACUGGCACUGGUCACCCUCGCGAGGCUGCGCACCGCACUGUAGGGGCUAUCGGGACGACCUGGACAACUCUGUUGAUGACAUGGAAGUAAACCUAGAGAAGGAAGUUAUGGGUGAUGAUUAUGAUAGUUGUACUGUCGGGAAGAUGAAAGAAUACCCUAGUCAAUGGAUGCUGAUGGCUGAGUAA